GUUGUUGGCUAAAUAAUUCUUUUGUGAUGUUUAUGAUGUGAAGGAUUUGAAGAACAGUGUUAGCUCUACAGUCAACUACUGUGAAUGAUUUUGAUAAACUGUGCUCGAUUAUCACCAAUCUUCAAUAAUUGGUAGAGUUUCAGAUAUGGACUAUGAGGUAGAAAAUACCUACCCAACAAUGGAACCACCACCACAAGAAAAACCUAGGCUCACACCCUCCACACCUUGGCCUCAAUUCAAGCCACCUGAGAUUACAGACUACCCAAUUCUUUCACGACCAUCAAGAACACAGAGACAACCACCUCCAGGCUUCCCUGAGCUUCCAGCCUGUCCAGUUACUGCUCAGUUGAGACCACGAAGACCACCACAUCCAGGCUUCCCUGAGCUUCCAGCCAGCCCAAAUUUUGAUGAGUCGUCGAUAUCAUGGGAUCCACCACCUCCAGGCAUCCCUGACCUUCCAGCCAGCCCAGUUACUGAUCAGUUGAGACCACGGAGACCACCACUUCCAGGCUGCCCUGAGCUUCCAGCCUGCCCGGUUACUGAUCAGUUGAGACCACGAAGACCACCUCCUCAAGGCUUCCCUGAACUUCCAGCCUGCCUAGUUAUUCUUCAGUUGAGACCAUGGAGACCACCACCUACAGGCUUCCCUGAGCUUCCAGCCUGCCUAGUUAUUCUCCAGUUGAGACCACGAAGACCACCUCCUCAAGGCUUCCCUGAACUUCCAGCCUGCCUAGUUAUUCUUCAGUUGAGACCACAGAGAUCACCACCUCCAGGCUUCCCUGAGCUUCCAGCCUGCCUAGUUAUUCUCCAGUUGAGACCACGAAGACCAACACCUCCAGGCUUCCCUGAACUUCCAGCCUGCCUAGUUAUUCUUCAGUUAAGACCAUGGAGACCACCACCUCCAGGCUCCCCUGAGCUUCCAGCCUGCCUAGUUAUUCUUCAGUUGAGACCACGGAGACCACCACCUCUAGGCUUCCCUGAGCUUCCAGCCUGCCCGGCCAUUGUUCAGUUGAGACCACAGAGUUCACCACCUCCAGGCUUCCCUGAGCUUCCAGCCUGCCCGGUUACUGAUCAGUUGAGACCAUGGAGACCACCACCUCCAGGCUUCCCUGAGCUUCCAGCCUGCCCGGUUAUUCUUCAGUUGAGACCAUGGAGACCACCACCUCCAGGCUUCCCUGAGCUUCCAGCCUGCCCGGUUAUUCUUCAGUUGAAACCAUGGAGACCACCACCUCCAGGCUUCCCUGAGCUUCCAGCCUGCCCGGUCAUUGUUCAGUUGAGACCACAAAUACCACCACCACCAGGCUUCCCUGAGCUUCCAGCCUGCCCGGUUAUUCUUCAGUUGAGACCAUGGAGACCACCACCUCCAGGCUUCCCUGAGCUUCCAGCCUGCCCGGUUAUUCUUCAGUUGAGACCAUGGAGACCACCACCUCCAGGCUUCCCUGAGCUUCCAGCCUGCCCAGUUAUUCUUCAGUUGAGACCAUGGAGACCACCACCUCCAGGCUUCCCUGAGCUUCCAGCCUGCCCGGUUAUUCUUCAGUUGAGACCAUGGAGACCACCACCUCCAGGCUUCCCUGAGCUUCCAGCCUGCCCGGUCAUUGUUCAGUUGAUACCACAAAUACCACCACCUCCAGGCUUCCCUGAGCUUCCAGCCUGCCCGGUUAUUCUUCAGUUGAGACCAUGGAGACCACCACCUCCAGGCUUCCCUGAGCUUCCAGCCUGCCCGGUUAUUGUUCAGUUGAGACCAUGGAGACCACCACCUCCAGGCUUCCCUGAGCUUCCAGCCUGCCCGGUCAUUGUUCAGUUGAGACCACGGAUACCACCACCUCCAGGCUUCCCUGAGCUUCCAGGCUGCCCAAUUUUUGCUGAGUCAUCGAUACUACAGAGACCACCACAUCCAGGCUCCUUUGAUGAUGCUCCCAGCUUGUGA